AUGCCGCACUCCUCCUCCUCGUACGGGCUCUCGGACGGGCGGGUUUCGACGACGAUGACCACCACCACCGGCGGCGGAGGGGGAGGAGGCCUUGGCAAGGCGCGGUCGUUCACGAUACCGCUGGUGAUGCCCGGGAAUUCGGGGAUGCCUCGCGCGAAGUCGGCGUCGGGAGGCGUCGUCGGGCGGCGGCCUUCCACUGAUGAGGCAUCAUGGGAUGCCGAAGAAAUCGCCACAGCUGAUGUGGCUACCGCCAUCAGCAGAGACCUCGUGACCAAAGCCGAGCGAUGGAAGCUCCUAGCCGAGGAACCGCUGAUGGCCCAAUCGAUCACGCCCCUUCUAGCCGACAACGUCGACAAACACGAGGUGGCCGCGACUUACGUCCGGGACGCUCUGGCAGGGAGAGACAGCUCGGCGUGCAUCCACAACGAAAGGUCCAUACGCGCGUUGAAGUGGUUCCGGAACGAUGCCUGGAACAGCCUGUUGAAUAUCUGCACGUUGGUCCACCUCAUCCUGCCCAUGGUGGAGAUACAGAGGUGCCUGUCCUGCAUGGGCCCGCAUAGGCGGUCGGCUUCCUUGGAGGACAACACCCUCUUCCUAGGGUGGCGGCCUACCUCGCUGGGAUCGCUUUGGAUAGAGUGUGUUUUGUGUGUCUUCUACACCUGCCAUCUCCGCCAGGAGGCCUUGUCCAGACUUGGAAGCAUCCCUGUAAAGAACGGCGGCGGAGGCGGCGGCAGCGGCGCCAGUGGGGGCUGGAGCGGGAUCGAGGGAGAGGAGGACGAAGAAGAACUAGAGCGCGAUCGCCCGCAGGCGGAAGUUUAUUCGCUGAGCGCGCUUCGCCCAUGGCAGCUGGCACGGACGUGCAUGGUGACCGUGCUCAGCGUCAGCCUUGUGGCGAAGCUGUUUUCGCACUACGUCUUCGGGGUAACUUGGUUCAGUUGGAGGCACGUGAUUCUGCCGUUCUUGUUUAUCAGCCGAAGGACGUACCUCAAGCACUUCUUGGCAGCCACCAUCCGACUGCUUCCCAGGAUGGUUCCUGUGGUGUUCCUGAUCUUUUUCAUCACGUUCUUCUAUGGCUUCAUCGGGUACAUCGUCUACCGGGACGAACCGUGA